CUGCCAGAUGGCUACAGGAUUUAAUUCUAUCGACAGAUCUGCCCGCAAGUUUAGCCGGCUAAACAGCACAGUUGUUUCUUUACAAUUGUUUCGACGAUCCAAGUUAAUUAUAUCGAUUCAGAUAACAUAUAAAGUGACUCAUUGUCAGUUAAUAUCGGAUAACUUUUUUAAGGUCAUCUUCCUAGAUCACCUUAGGAUUUCCCGGGAUUCCCGUAACAAUAAGACCGAAUGCUAAUCGUGGGAAAUUCCUUCGUCUACCUUUCCUCUUAUUGUUAAUUAAGAGAUGAUGAUAUUGCGACCGAUUACGCUUAUUCAAAAUUUUUAACUUCGUCGAAGAUCGACUUCCAAAAUACAAAACAUCGUACUUUCAUUACUUUCCCCACUACUCUUGUUGCCACCACUUUUUGGCAUCUCCUUCACCAAUCAAAAUAUAAAGCAGGUUGUAAUUAUAAAAAAGGGAAGACAUCAUCUUUCAAUUAAGAGAACACAUUCAAACCAACCACACCUUGUAUUUUGAAAAAUGAACGAGAAAAGUUGGUGAUGCUUCGACGUUCGAACAAGCAGCCGCGACCGUCAUCAACAGAGGUUUCAAACUAAUAAGGAUGUCGACUACUCAAGAUGGGGAAUCGGGUAUAACAAUACCAUUACAAUAUAAUAACUCUCAUUGGAAGUCUAUAUUUGAAAAAUAUGAUCUUGACGGUGAUGGGAAAAUUUCUUACCAAGAAUUAAGAGCAAUGAUACGAAGUUCUGCUUAUUCUAAUGAUAUUCCAACCAGAGUUGUUCAUCUAAUAAUGCGUAAGGCAGAUUUAGAUGAUUCUGGAUAUUUAGAUUAUCCAGAAUUUAUAGCUAUGAUUCACAGAAAAGAUAUGCAAGGUGUUUUUGGACAUCUUGUACAAAGAUAUGUACAAUCAAUGGUACCACAAAGACCUAGUACUUUACAUUUAACACGUUCCAGUGAUUUUCCUGAUGGACAGUAUGAAGAAGAAUAUACUUGUAACCCUCCAGCACUAGCCAUGAUAAUUAUAUCAAUAUUAGAAAUUGUUUUAUUUUUGUACGAUGUGAUCGUAUACAGAACGCCUUCUGUAGAAGGACCAGCAGCUACAUUAUUUAUUUAUAAUCCACACAAAAGGUAUCAAGCAUGGAGGUAUAUAACAUACAUGUUUGUACAUGUAGGGGUAUUUCAUCUAGUGGUAAACUUACUUGUACAAAUAAUGUUGGGUAUUCCAUUAGAAAUGGUGCACAAAUGGUGGAGAGUACUAAUCAUAUAUCUAGCUGGAGUAGUGGCAGGAUCUCUUGGUACAUCCGUGUCUGACCCUAGAGUAUACUUGGCGGGUGCAUCGGGUGGUGUAUAUGCAUUAAUAACUGCUCAUGUUGCAACUAUUUUAAUGAACUGGUCUCAGAUGGAGUUCGCCGUUUUGCAAUUGUUAGUAUUUCUUGUUGUAACGUCCGCUGACAUUGGUCAAGCAAUAUAUAACCGUUAUGUAUUAGCAACCGACGACCAAGUUGGAUAUGUUGCACAUUUUGCUGGUGCUAUUGCAGGCCUACUUGUGGGCAUAAAUGUACUUCGUAAUCUUGAAGUGAAAACCUGGGAAAAAGUUGUUUGGUGGGCCAGUAUUAUUACUUACACUGCACUCAUGACAGCUGCCAUUUUCUGGAAUAUUUUAUACACUUCUCAUUACGAGUAGUUAUUAGUAUUAACUUUCAUAUAUUUAUUUUUGGUGUUUCCUUUUUUUUUUUUACUGUAAAUAGAGUUUAUGAUCUUGCCAUGAUACGAGCAGAAAUGGAUAUAAAUUUUGUCAUAAAAAUAGUUGAAGAAACAUAACAAAUUAACGUGUUACAUAUUUGAAUGAACAGAUUACAUAUUUUUUAAAUGUAUUUAUAUACAACUGCAUUUAAUACGCACAAUCGUUUAGACGAAUUAGAUAUCUGUGAUAGAAAAUGCCUUGACAAUAGACACUGUUAAUUAAGAACUAUUUUGUUAGAAAUAAUUUGUUAAUAACUCUUCAAAAGUUGUAUGAAAAAAACCAAUGAAGAAUGACAAAUUUUUAAUUGGAGAAACAUUAAUAAGUUAUUGUGGUAUUAAUACUGCAAUAUUUUGAACAUCUUUACGCACAACCGAGUAAUUUUCUUAUUACUCAUAGUAUUUAACUUUGAACAAUUUUUACUAUUAUGAUAAAUUUUAAGUAUUAUUGAUAUGAGAUAAAUUAUCAAGAAUUUUUACGUAAUAAGUUACUACAUUUCAUUGUAUCAUGUAUUUAUAAUUCACGAUGUCAUGUACCUGAUUCGUAAAUUACUAACGAGUUGCAAAAAUAAUUUGAUUAUAAUGUAUAAGGCCCAGAUGUUGUCCUUUUGUAUAUUGUAACGUUAAAACAACUUAAAAUCAAACAAUAACAAACAAUAAUAUUAUAAGAGUGCGUUGUGUGUUUUUACAGUGUUGAAAAAAUCCUCAAGUACAUUAUAAAAAGAAAAUAUUUUUUAAAUAUUAAAAUGAACUGCUAGUUUAAGAAGUAUUGUAAAAGACGAACACUGAAGUGAGUGUAUUGCUUCAGAAAGAUGUUACACACUAGGUGUACUGAGACGAUCUCAAGAGAUAGGGUAGUUUGUGCAUAAAUAAAAAGGAAACGUAAUUACAACGAACCGUGUUGAACAAUAGAUGAAUAAAGAACCUCAUUUAAA